GCUAACCAAACUUUUCCAAUUUAUCAAAGGUUGUCAUUUCGUAAUGAUCCUUAUGUUUUGGCAUUGUUAAAAAAGUGUUUGUUUAUUUUUGAAUUUAAUGGAUUUACCUAAUAAAUAUGGCAGAAAAUGCGGCCAAUUUUACUCAAAUUUUACAGGAAAAACCGUCAAUUUUUGAAAUAAUAGCACAGAAAUCCUUACAUGAUACUCUACACCCUGCAUUACAGAGAGUUGCUUUGUUUUUGUCAAGUAAUUUUCCUCAAAAAUUUGGCUGGCUGAACAAAUAUUACGAAGAGACUUAUUUAGCUUUAAACUAUGUUCUUCAAUACCAAUACUUAAAAUACUAUGAUUCCUCAUUCUCAGAAAACUUCUACGGACUCAAACGAGUAACUUUAAGCAAUAGUAAACUUUCAGAACAAAAUAAAAACUUAUCUUUAGCUGUGUUAGUGAUAUUGCCCUAUUUAAAACGAAAAUUAGAAGAAAAAAUCGCUAUUUACAAGCUGGAAAGUGCAGAGGGGUGCCUCAGAAAGGAUUUCGAAGGCAGACUCAAAAGACUUAUUUUAUUUUCACAUUCCACAUUUGAAUUGACAUGGGGGGUUCUUACUCUACUAAAUUACCUUAAAUAUAUGUCUAAUGGAACUGACAGCCAACUGCUUAUGUUAAAGUUAAUUGAUUUAAAACUAGUUAGGAGUGGGGAGCAGGAUGUGGGGGGUUUUUGGAGUGCUCUGUUCAAAGGGCAGCUAAGUUUGACAGAUGUCAGUGUAGGGUUAUUUAAGAAUUCCGUAGUAACAGCUUUGGAGGUGACAGCUUUUUUUCUGCAAUUUCUGCAGACUUGGAAUAGUGAAAAAUCAAAUUACAAAAUGACAGAUUUGCCAGUGGUGCCACCACCACCACCUGACUGUAAAUCAAAACAAUACAAAGGAAAAUGUCCUUUGUGUUUGAAACAAUGGCUGAUUCCCACAGUUUUGCCAGUUUCAGGUUAUAUUUUUUGUUUUAGAUGUAUUUUAAGGUAUUUAAGUGAAAACCAAAAGUGUCCCAUAACAAAUUUGCCUGCUAAACCACUGGAUAUUGUUAGAUUAUAUGUUAAUGAAUAAAUUUUAUACUGUUUUAA